AAAAACCUCUCUUUUUUUUUCCCUUCUUAACCGCCUGCUGCUUUUGCUUUGGGUCGGUCGUCAGGUGUGAGAUUAUCGCAAUCCUCUUCUCUCUUCUCUCUCUCUCUCUCAUCACCCGAGCUGUUUCUUCCAUUGAUUUUUUUGAGGAUGGGAAGGCUAUUCUUGAUCAGUCUGGAAGGAAACUUCUACAGCUGUAAGCACUGUCAAGCUCACCUCGCUCACUGUGAUGAUAUCAUCUCCAAGUCUUUUCACUGCAGGCAUGGGAAGGCUUAUCUCUUUGAGAAAGUGGUUAACGUGACUUAUGGGGAGAAAGAAGAGCGGAUGAUGAUGACUGGAGUGCACGUUGUGAGCGACAUGUUUUGUGUUGGUUGUGGGUCGAUGGUGGGCUGGAAAUACGAAUCUGCUCUUGAAAAGAGCCAAAAGUACAAGGAGGGAAAAUUCAUUCUUGAAAGGUUUAAGAUGUUGGGUGCUGAUGGAAGUCAUUAUAUCAUCACCCAUGACGGUCAGCUUGUGGGAAGCGAUGCUGAGGAAUGAUGAUGCUUCGCUUGAUGAUCAGAUAUUCAGAUGUUAAGCUUGACAUGAUGAAAACUACACCUUGGCCUCAACCUGUAUAUAUUCGACCUUAUUGUCCUCAACAAUGGACGUUGGUUUUACAUCUCUGUUGUUUUACAUCUGGUAUACAUGCAAACUGGUGGGCAUAGAAACAGUUCUGUAGGGAUGAUACUUUCUUUUAUAUUUCCAUUUCCAUUUUCGAGGACUUAAUUUAAGUAGUUAAUGAUGUAUUGAAGGUGGUGAUUGCUUCAUAUUUAAGAUUUUGGCUCACAAAUCUAUCAAGCAGGCCGCUUCAGAUUUCAAUCAGUG